AUGUCAAAGUAAGUUACACAACAAAAUACACUUCCUGAGGAGAACACUAUAAUUGAUAAAUUCCUUGAAUUGAAGGAUACCUAUCAAAAAAAGAAGGGAUUUAAUGAUGAUGAUUUACCAUCAUUGAAAAAUGUGCUUAAAGAUAUCCCUCAAUUAAAGGAUAUUCAGUCCAGCAUUAGGAAUGAGACUCUUGGGUUUUAUGAAGUUUAUGAAUUAAAACAAAACGAAAUACUUGUGAAGAAGGAUAAUCCUAAUGUUUCUCUAUAUAUACUUGUAUAAGGCAAGCUCAAGAAGUCACCUCAUGCUCCAUGGAAUAGUUAUAAGGAGGAGGAAGACAGAAAAGAGCUUGACUUGAUUACCAUUAGAUAGAGUUACUGGGAGUUUGAAGGUCUUCAAGCAUUUGGAAACUUUGAGUUGCUUCAGGUCGAUAAAUUUAAUAAUCCUUAGGCAUAAAAAUGGAAUCCAUGUUACAUCUACUCAAUUGAACAAAGCAUUGUCUUUGCAUUGAAUUUUGAUAAGGUUUUUAAGUAUAUGCAAAAACUUUAUGAAACACAAUAGAAUCAUGAAAAAUCUAAUUUCCUUGUUAAAAAUGUCCCUGGACUCUCAAACUAGUUAACUUCGAAUAGAGAAAAGAUGAUUUCACUUUUUAAACCCGUUUCAUUCAUUCAGAAUUAAGUUAUCAUUCAAGAAGGAGCUAUUCCUUAAUAGGCUUUUAUUAUAAUAGAAGGUCACUGCAAGUUAUAAUCUCACCAAGUGCCUAUCUAAAAGAGUAUUUAAUCAGAGGAUCCUAAAAAAGGUGAAAACUUUUUGUCCUCAAACAGAGGUUACUUCUCGAAGACUAUGAAUACGUUUUAGAUUGGUGACAUUAGUGAAAACUAAUGGAUUGGAGAUGAAUUAUUACUCAUGACUAUGCAAGAACGAUUUGAAUAUCUCUAAAAUCAGAUAAAAACUGAAGAAGGUGGAGAUGAUGCCAGCAAGACAAUGUCUAAGUCACAAUGGGGAUUCAACUUGAACAAUGAAAAAUCGUAGCCUACCAUAAGAUCAGUUAAAGUCAAGCCAUAAGGCAUGGCAUAUUCAGUCAUAGCUAAGACUAAUGUAAGAGCUUUUAGUAUCACAAAAGAAGAUCUAAUGUAAAAACUUUCAAAAGAUAUUCAGCAAUUGAUAAAUAAGCAAGCUCUAAAGAAGACAUAGUGGAUUUAGAGAAGAUUUAAGGAAAUCCAGUACGACGUUAAGAAAAUAUUUGGCAUGGAAUAAUCUUACCAAAAUUAUGUAGAUAAAUCUAAAGAAAUAGGGAAGUUAUAUCCUCAAGCUACUAAAUAUUCUCUUAAAAGUAUUAGCAUCCAGAAGAUAAAUUCUCCUGUAGAAAUGUCUAAAGAUGAUGAUCAAAAAGAUUCUCCAGAGUAACACUUCAAAAAGGGAAUGCUAACGACUCAGACAAUGAAUUUCUCAAAGAUGAAAAAGUCCUCUUCAGUUCAAACUUUAUAAAGAAGCUAUAAUGAAUCGUUUGAGGGGUCUCCUGAGAUUCCGUCAAAGAAAACAUAAAAAUUGCAAUUGCCUUCAAUAUAAGAAGUAAUGGAGCCAUUUAUUUCACAUUCAGAGACUUAAAAAUUCCAUAACAAUCCAGCAAUCGCUUAUUCUCCUUCAACUCAUUCAAAGAAAGAUUUAAUGCGUAACGAUUACAUCAGUGUAUCAGACAAGAUUGCAAAUUAACUUUUAAAUGACAGUUCAAAUUAAGAAUCUGUAACUAAUAGAGGAAGUUAAUAGAAUUUCGAAAAGAUUAUAAUGGGAGCAGCAUCAUGCUACAAAUACACCAAAGAAAAGAAGCUUUAUUUGCCAACUUUAAUUAAAACUAUAGAUGUAGAUAAAAAGUUGCAAAUAGUCAACAAAAGUAGACUUAAUGGAAUUGGGCCAGUAAAAGGAAGCUAGGAAAUACCUUUACUUAAGACCAUUAAUACUGAUAGCUAUAAUUACGAGAAAAGAGUUCAAUUUGAGGACAUUCAAAGCUCCUCUAAUUUUGGAUUUGGAGCAAAGCGUAGAGCAUCACCUCCAGACUAGAAAGUUAUAUUUGAAGAUCACUCCAAUCUAGUUUUUGAAUUUAAACUUAAUGCUCCUAAAAAUCUUAACUCUCUUGAUCUAGAUAUGGUUGAUCUAAUGCUCGGGAAACUCAAAUAAUGGGACAAAAAUCCUUAAACAGCGCCUAGAGUAGCAUUAAUUAGUGGAGUUGGAGAGAAAGCAUUCUGCGCAGGUGGAGAUAUCAAAUAAAUAUUCGAGUCAGUUAAUGGUAAGGCUCCUGCUAACAUGAAAAGCGAAUUCUUUGCCCGAGAGUACUUGUUGGAUUAUUCCUUAACUAGGAUGAAACCAAAGCAGAUAAGUAUCUGGAAUGGCAUUGUUAUGGGAGGUGGUGUUGGUGUUUCAGCUCAUGCUGACAUCCGAGUAACUACCGAUAAUACUGUCUAUGCUAUGCCAGAAACUGGCAUUGGCUUCUUUACAGAUGUAGGUGGUUCCUAUUUCUUAUCUAGAAUAAAAGAUAAUAUUCACCUUGGUCUUUAUCUAGGAAUUACAGGGCACAGACUAAAGGCAAGAGAUCUAGUUAAAUGGGGUAUUGCAACUCAUUAUGUCCCAAAGGAUAAUUUAGCCCAGCUCUAUUAAGAUUUGGUGUAAAAUAUCGCAACUCAGACGACGGAUGCAGAGAUAGUAGAUAUUGUAGCAAGGCAUUCAGAUCUUUCAGCUUAGCAAGACAAAAUUGAACAUGCUGAUGAAAUUAAUCAAAUAUUCUAGGAUGAUUCAAUCUAAAACAUAGUUAAAAGACUUCAAGAGAGUAACACUGAGUUUAGCCAAAAAACACUGAAAUAGAUUUCAACACUCUCACCCUUUAGUAUGGCUUUAGUUUUCGAAUAAAUUAAGAGAGGCAAGCAUAUGAAUCUAGAGGAUGCAUUUAGAAUGGAAUACAAACUUUCACAAGGAUUUUGCAGUGAUACCAAAACUGAAUUUAUGGAAGGUGUUAGAGCAUUACUUAUAGAUAAGGAUAAGAAUCCCAAAUGGAAGCACAAAUCUAUAGCUGAGGUUACUUAGGAAGAGGUUAAAGCUUAUUUUGACAGAGCAGACACACUUAAUCUUGAUAUCUCAAAGCAUUGA